GAAACACCGGCAACGUACGCAACGCACAAGAAGGAGGAACGAAGGGGCAAAAAAAACAAGAGCGAGUCCGUACAAUCGGAUACCGAGCGCGGCCGGCGGUUCGCCCCCUUCCCAAAUCCCGGCGACGGCGGUCGGUCGGACGGAGAGGAGAUGCGGCCCCGCACGGCGGACCACCUCGAGGCGCUCUCCCUCGAGAUCGAGCGCAAGCUGCACAAGGCUCUGAAUUCCAACUCGCAGCGCCUCAAGCUGCUGCAGCAGCUGUUUGCCGACAUCGCGCUCAAGGUCGACGACCGCGCUCGAGGGGAGGCUAAAAUGAAAUGGCGUCUAUUUGGAAAUGGAGGGAUACUAUUUUAUAAGAUUUUAAGCACCAAUAAUGAGGGGAUCGCUCCAGUAGACGACCGCGAAGACGGCCAUUUGUGCUUCUAUGAGAUUCUUGCACAUCACUAUGUGAAAGUACCUCAAAGUGGGAGGCGUAUACUUGAGUUGAUAGUGCAACUCUGGAGCCAAUCCUUUGCAGCCAACAUAUUUGCACUUCUUUUUCACAGAUGGUUGUUUGAAGUCCCUCUUGAGGGGAAGGAGGUAUCACUAAGAUACAGCUCUGCUCUUGUCCAAGGAGCUACUAACGUUUUUUGGAUUGACAUUCAAACCAAUACAAGGUACUUCCUCCCAUUGUAUCAUUAUCUCCUUGAAGAAGUCGCUUUAGUUCCAGAUCAACUCAUUAAGAUAUCACCACAGGCUGGUAGAAAUCUAUUCUGCCUCCUCUCCAGAUUCAUGCUGUUCUAUGAUCAGGAUCACUUGCUUACAGGUUUUCUUGGGCAUUUCCCUGCUUUUCCAAAUUCUUUCUUGGUUGGUGGAGCUGCAGAUUACUUUGUGAUUGAACUCACCGAUCAGCUCCAGAAGCUAAAAGUGGAGCCAGUACUGCUGCACUACCUUUCCCGCAUGACCAUCCUUCAAGGCUGGGAGUUGAGGAUGAGUACAAGCACCAGACUAAAGUCAUGCCUGUAUAGCUUCACAUCGCCUGGAGGCCCUGCCUAUCCAACAAGAGCCGUCCGGCAUGCAGCCUGGAAUACGUUGGAUUUACUUUUUCCUGUGGGUCGCUAUCCGAGGCAUGUGAUAAGUCUGUUCUUUCGGCUGCUCUAUCCAUGGUAUUGGCCUUCCUCUUGCUGGAACUUCGUCAUGACCUGCGUGAGCACCAUCUACUACUACAUCCUGAAUCUGCUCUUCUCGAUCUGGGAGAACAUGAGGAGGCGCGACCAUCAAAGGAUGCACAGAGAAUGAAGAAACCGCGGCCGGGCCGGGCCUAAUCAAGGCUAUAAUGUUGUGUUGUUGUUCUUUUUCACCUUAGAAUGGUUAGCAUCAUGUGUGUGUGCAUGAAAUUUGUUGUAUAAAUCCAAGUGUCUGUUGUGUUUGUUAUACAUGGACAGAGGAUGUGAUGUGAGUCAGAGAUGUGCAGUGAGAGAGGGGAGGAAGGGGCAGUUUUUAUGCUCACCAGUCUGAAGCUGUAAUUUGUAUACAACAUUCAGCAGCUUCUCCAAAUGCCAUCAAAGGUUAUUACCCA